AUGACCUUAGUAUCCUCCAGUAAAAGAAAACCAUCGGAUUGCUUUUACGCGGCAGCAUUCUGCUUGCUUUCCUCGCUGUGGAUUUCGUGCGCCGUGUCCGGAGAGGAGGAUCACCACUUCAGCGUUGAGGGAUGGCUACAGAGGUAUGGCUACCUUACCCGCACAGAACCGGGAAUGUCUGUCCUACGCUCGGCACAAACCUUGCACUCAGCCAUCGCUGCCAUGCAACGUGUCUAUGGUCUCAAUGUCACAGGGACACUGGAUGAGAAAACCAAGGAUUGGAUGCAUAAGCCUCGCUGUGGAGUUCCGGACAAGUUCAAAAGUGCUUCGAGGUCGCGGUCGCGGCGGUAUGCGCUGACCGGACAGAAGUGGCAGCGGACACACAUCACCUACAGCAUAAAAAAUGUCACGCCAAAGGUGGGCGCCCGGGAGACUCAUGACGCCAUACGGCGGGCGUUUGACGUGUGGCAGGGUGUGACUCCCUUACGCUUUGAGGCCGUUCCGUACAGCGCCCUGGAGGCUGGCAGGCGUGACGUGGACAUCACCAUCAUCUUCGCUUCGGGUUUUCACGGUGACAGCUCACCCUUCGAUGGGGAGGGGGGAUUCCUCGCACACGCCUAUUUCCCCGGCCCAGGCAUCGGAGGGGACACACACUUUGACUCAGACGAGCCCUGGACCCUGGGGAACCCCAACCAUGAUGGUAACGACCUGUUCCUGGUUGCGGUUCACGAGCUGGGCCACGCCCUCGGCCUGGAGCACUCCAACGACCCCACGGCGAUCAUGGCUCCUUUCUACCAGUACAUGGACACAGAGAACUUCAAACUACCUCAAGAUGACCUGCAGGGCAUCCAGAAGAUCUACGGUCCACCAGACAGAGCACCGCAGCCUACCAGGCCCCCCCCCACGGUCCCGCCGCCUCGCUUCCACCCGCCCUUGGACCCCCGCAAGCAUGACCGCCACUCCAGACCCCACCGCCCCCCCCAAGGGGCCAAGCCCUCCAACCCCAACUCCAAACCCAACAUCUGCGAUGGAGGCUUCAACACCUUGGCCAUCCUGCGACAGGAGCUUUUUGUUUUCAAGGACCAAUGGUUCUGGAGAGUUCGAGAUAACUCGGUGGUCCCUGGUUACCCCAUGCAGAUCAACUCCUUCUGGAAAGGCCUGCCGCCAAAAAUUGAUGCCGUCUAUGAAAAUAGUGAAGGGAAAUUCGUAUUUUUUAAAGGAAACCGUUUCUGGGUCUUCAAGGACACAACUCUCCAGCCUUCGUACCCUCAGGACAUCUCGCUGUUCGGGAGCGGCAUGCCCACUCAGAGCAUCGAGACAGCUGUCUGGUGGGAGGAUGUCGCCAAAACGUACUUCUUCAAAGGAGACAGAUACUGGAGGUACAAUGAGGAUAUGAGGACCAUGGACCUAGGUUAUCCCAAACCCAUCACCAUCUGGAAGGGCAUACCCGACUCUCCACAGGGGGCUUUUGUCGACAAAGCCAACGGAUACACCUACUUUUACAAGGGGAAGGAGUAUUGGAAGUUCAACAACCAGAUGCUUCGCGUGGAGCCCACCUACCCAAGGUCCAUCCUGAGGGACUUCAUGGGCUGCGACGGCCUCCCAGCGGAGCCCGACUGGGACUGGAGCCCCCCGGCGGCAGAGGAGCGCCACUACGACAGCAGCGACGUGGACGUGGUCAUCAAACUGGACAGCGUGGGGGGCACGGAGAAAGCAGUGGCCAUCGCCAUCCCCUGCGUCCUGGCGCUGUGCAUGAUGGUCCUCCUCUACACCGUUUUCCAGUUCAGGAGGAAGAGCACGCAGCGCCACAUACUGUACUGCAAGCGCUCCAUGCAGGAGUGGGUCUGA